GGAACGGGGAGAAGGGAGGCGGAGCCGAGGACGUUCCGGCGAGGGCGCCGCUUCGUGGCGGAGUCGCCGGCAUGGGUCUCCGUCACUUGUUUGUUGUGGCCAGUGACCGCGCGUUGGUGUUCUCGCAGCUCCCCGCCCUCCGCAGGCUCAGCUGGCGGCUGCACCCUUAGUUAUGUAAAGCGCCUCCCCGUGUUCUCGGGUCGGGCUCGCCCCCAGCGGCCGGUCCGGGAGAGCCAGGCCCGGGAUCGCUUUGCCCCGAGCACCAAGUGCAGUCUUCAUUGGGGAAGAGAGAGGGAGCACGCGGCUGCCUCUUGGGUUUGCAUUCUGCGCAGGCAAAGGGACGUGCUGCCCCCUGGCGGCUGGAAGGCUGGCUUUCCGCAGCCCCGGCGGAAGCCGGCGAGCGCGGAACCUCGGGACUCGGGUCUCUCCUUAAAUCUGCAGAAGCAGCCGGCCCCGGGGAGGCAGCGGGAUUCGAACCCGCGAUCUCUGGCUCCGGCGCGAGCGCUCUUUCCCAGCCGCCCCUGGGUCCGGCCAGCCCUCUGUUCCGGGGACAGGGACAGUCUGUUCCGGACCUGGGUCCCCAGCACAGAUGAUAGCACCGGCCGCACGAGGCCCGGAGGAGGGCCGGGCGGCGGGUGCGGCCCAAGCAGGGCUCCCUGCGAAUCGCGUCCUUCCUUCCCUUCCUCCCGUGUCAUGGGGAGGAAACCGGGGAGAGAAGCUGGCCAAGGCCCGCGGCUGAGGAGCGCGCUGGGAGCCGGCCUUCUCCGGGGCUGCCGGCUGGCCGCCGGAAGUCGCCUUCGCUCCUGGCCCCUCCUUUCCCUGGCGGCGCUGGGAGCCGGCCUGCACAUUCCCGCCGCGUGGGGGUCCGGGGCGGGCUGUUCGCCGGCGGAAGAAAGUGGGGGCGGCCGUGUGGGAAACAAAGUAUCACUACAGUGACGCUAAAAGAAAGCGUUUUCGGCUGUCCGAAACGUUGGCACGGGGCUGGUCCUCCGGUGACGGGGUUCGGCGCAACUCGGAGCUGAUUGACAUUAAGAUGCUUCAGUGCAAGAGAGUUGUUAAUGAGGUGCUGGAUACCAUUGACUUUGUAGCACCCAAUGAGAGAGUAGUUUUCCGUACCUGUGAAAGAGAGCAGAACAAGGUCGUCUUUCAGAUGGGAUCUGCAGAUGCGGAGCGAGCCCUUGCUGUGGCCAGACUUGUAGAGAAUGAUGUAGCUGGUAUUGACAUUAACAUGGGUUGUCCAAAAGAAUACUCCACUAAGGGAGGAAUGGGAGCAGCACUUCUGUCUGACCCUGACAAAAUUGAGAAGAUUCUGAGUACCCUUGUUAAAGGGAUUUGCAAACCAGUGACCUGCAAAAUUCGGAUCCUUCCAUCGCUUGAAGAAACACUGAAUCUUGUAAAGCGGAUAGAAAGAACAGGGGUGGCGGCCAUUGCAGUCCAUGGCAGGAAGAAGGAAGAGAGACCUCAACAUCCUGUCCACUGUGAUAUUAUCAAAGCCAUUGCUGAAGCUGUCUCCAUUCCAGUAAUAGCUAAUGGAGGAUCUCACGACCACAUCAAAGUAUAUUCAGACCUAGAAGCCUUCCGGCAAAUGACUUCAGCAUCUUCCGUGAUGGUGGCCCGCGCAGCCAUGUGGAACCCAUCCAUCUUCAGGAAGGAGGGUCUGCAGCCUCUGGAAAGGAUCAUGCAAGAGUAUAUAAAAUAUGCGGUGAGAUAUGACAACCACUACACGAACACCAAGUACUGCCUGUGCCAGAUGCUGAGAGAACAGCUAGAAACUCCCCAGGGAAAGAAGCUCCAUGCUGCUCAGUCUUCCCGGGAAAUCUGUGAGGCCUUCGAAUUGGGCAGCUUCUACGAGAGGGUGACGGCAGAGCUGGAGGCCAAAGCAGCCAGCCUCCGGAAGGAAGCUCAGGAGGAGUGGGACCAGGACGCUGGCCCCGACGUCAUCCAGAUGGCCGUGAAGUUUGACAAGAGACAGUAUCCACCCCAGAUCACACCCAAAAUGUGCCUGCUGGAAUGGUGCCGGAAGGAGAAGUUAGCCCAACCAGUGUAUGAAACAAUCCAGAGACCAGUGGACCGCUUGUUCCGUUCCAUCGUCAUUGUUUCUGAGCACAAGUACUGCUCAGCAUUAUGGGACAAGUCCAAGAAGCUGGCGGAACAAGCUGCAGCCAUCGUCUGCCUGAGAAGCCUGGGUCUCCCAGAGGGCAACCUCGGGGACCCACAGAGCCCCCUUAUGCACAAGCGCAAGGUGGAGGAAAGGGAACUUUGGAAAGUCACAGACGAUGAGGAGACUCUUCCUGGAGAAGCCCCUCACAAAAAGCCCCACCUGACCCUGGGGACCAACAACAGCAGCGUUCUGGACAGGCCGUGACUCUUCUCAUUCUUGUUCCAUGCUCCUUGUCACCCCAAGGAUCCCAGAAGGCAGAGCGGCCCCAUGGAAAGCCCUGGGCCUUCUUGGAAGAGUGGGGCUGGGGGUGGAGCCUGGGACUCAGGGACUGGGGCUUGGAGCUGCUUAACUUGCUCCACCUCACCAGGUGCAGGGAAAGCCGACUUGAACUGUUUGGCUGAAUGUGGAGAUGAGAAGUCUGGCUCACCCUUCCAGAAGACAGGUCUGAACACCACCGGAGGGAGUGGGAGGCAGCUUUCAGGCUGUGCACAGGCCAGUGACCAAAGACCUUCAUGUUCACCGAGGACGGGCAGAGGGAGUGGAGGGGGCGAAUAUUGAGUAACAGUGUCUGGAGGCCUGGGGGAGGGGGGGGGAGGGGGGGAAGGUUGGAGAGGACACGGGGAUAACUGUUGUCUGGGGCUGACGACACGAGUCCAGAGUCCGGACACUCCUGGUAUUUUGUUCCCUGUGGCACAGGCCGUCCCAGAGAGCCGCCUUUUCUGCUUUCCUCAGUAAAAACACCCCUCUCCACUGAGUUGAGCCUUCAGCCCUCUAAGUAUCUCAGCCCUCCCUGAGGCUACUGGAAGCACAAAAAGGGCUUUCCUGCCUUGUCUUUACCAGGGUGGUCCAGAGUUUUGAGGGCCCAAACAAUGGGGGGUCUUUCUCCUUACCUCAGGUCCAGGUGGGGAAGAGCAAAAGGCUUUCUGCCUUUCCUCCUUCCUGUCUACACACACGCACAAGCACAUCGUGCUCCAUCUCCCAAGGGAGGUAGUUGGAGCAAGUGAAAUGUAUCUACUUGGGAUGUGAUUGCAGUGGUAGUUGGCUGCCAUCGGCCAUUAGCCAUCUUUGCUGCUGCUCAUUGGGAGGCCCUGGGAACCGACAGAUAGCUGAUGGUCAGAACCUGAGCAGCCCUUGGAGCACAUAGAAACCUGACAGGCACUCUCCUACAGCCCCAGAUGAUGUUGGAAUUGGGAGCCACCCAAGGGAGCCACCCACUCCUCACCCAAGGUGAGGUGUAUUCAUGCCUUCUUUACCUCCUUGCGGUCUUUCCUUGAGGAAGGUCAUUUGGGUGGGUUGGGUGUCCAGGAGGAGAAUUAAAGAGAGUUAAUGCCUUCCUAUCUGCACAAAACCCAUGGUCCCUUUUUUACUAAUAGCAACACUGACAAAUUGAAGAUAAAAACGAUCCUUGGAACACGACUGGAAAAAAACACUGCAGACUUUGAGAACCUUUGUAAUGGCUGGAGAUAGAAAGAAGCCCAGCUUUGAGUCCCUCUUGGGACUCCACCCUUGUGUGCUGGUGAAAAUCACUAAUCCUAAUCUCAUUGGGCUACCUGAGAGGAGAGUGAGACUUCCAACUAUCCAUUCACAAGGUCUCAAGGCAAGUACUUUGUAGAAGUAGAGGCUGCCCUGAGGAGAGAAUAGCAAAAUUGAAAGUAAACCCACUGGCCUAAUAAAACUAGGAGUUACUCUUUUAAAAAAUAAAAUAGAUAAACCAUUGGCUAAUUUGAUUUAAAAAAUAAAACAAAUUACCAGUUACAAAAAUGAAAAAGGUGACUUCACAAUUAGGGAAAAGAGCAAUUAUUAGGAACUGUUUGGUUUGUCUGUUAAUAAAACAAUCUCAAUAAAAUGGAUGAAUAUUUGCAAAAAUAUAAAUUGUCCAGAUUAAUGGAAGAGAAAAUGGGAUAUUUAAAUAAUCCUAUCUUGGGAAAAAAAAUUCAACAAGUCAUAUAUAUUAAUACCCUAAGGGAACAAAACAACCCAGGACUGGAUGGAUUUGCAAGCUAAUUUUACCAAAUAUCUAAAGAAUUAGUUCCAAAACUACAUAAACUCUGAAAAAGAAUAAAUGAAAAGUCUAUGACACUAAUUUGAUCUCUGAACCCAGGAGAGUCAAAACCAAAUUCUAGGCAGAUUUCCCUUGAGAAUAUUGAUGCAGAAAUUUUUAAUAAAAUACCAGAUCAUCACACCAAUAUAUCAGAAAGAUCAUAUGUUAUGACCAAAUUGGAUUCAUACCAGGAAUGCAGGACUGAUUCAAUAAUAGGAAAAUUCUUAAGCAUCAUUGGACACAGGACAAAAACAAAAGUCAUUCACUAAAUGCAGAAAAAAGCUUUUGACAAAAUAUAGUAUCAGCUAGUAGUUUUGUUUCCUGCUUGGUCCAGCUCUUGCCCUUGCUGGAGAUUUCCCCGGAGAGGGUGCUGGGAUGUGAUGUGGCUGAUGGCUCAGGCUAAGCCCAGGGCUGGCUCCCAUAAGUAGAGUGGAGAAGGAUGGGUGCCUUGGGGUCACGGGCUAAUGUGCUUAUUGCAUCCAGUGCUUCCUAGGUUUUAGAGAACUGUGUGGGUAAGGAUAAUGGACUGUGGUCAUGGUCAAUGGUUUAGAAUUAAGUAAACAAAUGAGAAACCUGGGGAAAUCCUGCAU